AUGAAUCAUUAUCAUAAAUUAUUGCAAACCGAAGAACUAUACUCUCAAUCUGUAGAAAUGAUAAAAGCCUCUAUUAUAGGUAUCCAAGAACAGAUUCAUCCGAUUAAGAAAUUCCUUGGUGAUCGAAAGAAAGAAAUUGUUAAGCAGAUCAGUGUAAAGAGAAGGCCGUAUGAACCCGAUACAUUAGAAUACACACGAUCGUUCUACGAGUACACGUUAAAGGAACUCAUAAAUAUCGAACGAGCAUGUGAGGAAUGUCUCGUGCGGUUCAACGUCGAUUUAUUGACGGCAACAAACGGACGCAUGCAACCACCGUCUUAUUUAUCUCCGGAAGAGAUGAGAAGAGCUUACGAAAUGUGUUGCGAUGCGUUCGAUGAAACGAGGGACGAGCCAUCCUGUCGUUGCACUUGGGAGAACGUGCCUCAGCGAAGUCUCGACGACACUCGCGAUAUCAUAGCGAAACCGAGAGAAAUAAUGCGUACCGAGUUCGACGAGUCUGAUUUGAAGUUUAAGCAAGAGAUCGUUUACCUUCGAACGAAAAUGUUCUCUUUACCAAGAAAGCGAAUCGACUUACAUCGAUCAAGCAUUAGGCUAACGUUGAAAACCGCCGAAUUCAUUCAAAGUCUGAAGGAACAAGAAAUUACCACGGUUUUUUCCGUGCAACACGAACUUUCUAAGAUAAACAUUCUAAAAUUCGUCGAUGGAACGUUCACAAUUUGCGAUAUUUGGCUGAAAAUUUUAGAAUUUCACGGAAAUCAGUACGGCUCGAAGUGGCGUUUAAUGCUUUGUCCUCAAAUAGAAAAAAUCGCGAAGAAACGCUUGAUACCGACCUUACACCUGGAUCCACGUGCAACUUUCGAUUUUAUUUCACAGAUCAAUCAGUUCACGAAUUUUUUCUUAACAAGAAAAGAUUUAAUUUCUCUGUUGAAAGAUGACAACGAACGUGCUUGGUUGAACAGUUGGAAGCUGCAGAUACACAUGAUCGGUGGGAGAGAGGUUGCAGCUACUUUGAUACAAGCCUUUUGGCGUGGUUAUUGGCUACGUCGCAGGAAAGCGCAAUCCUGCCGACUCUACAUAGCCGCAAGUCUCCUAUGGUUCGCCUGGAUCACUCUGAAAGGCAAACGAAAGAUGCACCGGCGUUAUCUCGACAAAAUGCUAACCUCCAUGCAAACCACGCGUGAUCUAAUCGCAAAACUGUCCAAAGAUUUCCGUUCCAUCAUUCAAGAGCCACACGUGGUGAUACACCUUCCAUCCAUCGGUCAUCCAAUGGAGAUACGUCGAAUACUAAAUCCAAAGAUGUUCGCCAUCUACCAGAACAUCACCAUCCUACGUAUCUGCUUCGUACGAAAUCCAAAAACCGAAGUGAUCUACGUUCUCCCCGUGAAACCUACUCAAGACCUGUUAACGAUGUACAGCGACUUCAUCGAGUCGAUAUCUCCCGCCGAAGAAGUCGCCAAACGAAUCACUUUCGUCGCUCUUUCUCAAUCGGGGACCUUCAAGAAUCGUUCGUUGAACGUCUCCAGGAUCCUCCACUGUUCCGAGGACUCUCUUCACGCGAUCAAGAGGAAGAUCUCCGGCAAGCCGGCCUACUUCCUGCCCUGCGUCGUCGACGAGUGCGACAUGAGAGUUGCUGGAAAUCUCGAGGUCCCUCUGUUGAGCACCGAAAUGGAGCUGCAAAUGAAGUUUCUCAAUCUCUCCACGAUGUCCGAGAUGAUCGACAAUCUUGGCCUCCUGCAGCCACCUCACGCCAGGAACUUUUUUUGCACGUCUUUGGCUCGAUUGAUGAUCCUUCACACGGAAGUGUGCGUGUGGUUGAUCAAAUUGAAUUACAGCGUGGCGAAUAAACAUUGCGGAAUUUUUCUGAUCAAUCAUAUCAGCGUGCCUUUCAUGCCCGUGCUGAGGAGGGAACGAGAGAAGUACGGAGAUUUGUGGAAAGAGGAUUCGAGCCUGCGCGAGGAGUUUUACGAGAGAUUGAAGGAGCAUCUGCCUAGGGUUGUGUGCAACGUGACGAGAUUGUCGAAGAUUUACAAUUGCUGGAAGGAGUUCUACGCGCAUUUGCAGAAAUUUGGGUGCCUCUUGCAAGCAGUUCCUGUGGCGAAGAGCUCGAAGACUAUCGUCGUUUGCUUGCUCGUCCCUGGGAAAAAGACUAAGGAGCCGCCGAGAUGGCUGGGAACCGCGGAUAAAAUUAAUUUGGAAUCUAGAUUCUCGACCAGCAUAUACUUGUUACCACAAAGCUCCCUGGAAAUUAGCAUGAUAGAGCCAACGGUGAACAGAUUCGCCACGAGUAUGCAGGAAAAUGGCUACUUCGGUUACCUGAGCGUCGAAUGUUACUGUUAUGUGCAGAAAACGGAGGAGAAAUUGAUAGUGCUAAUGUUAAACAUAUACCCAUACUAUUCGUACACUCAGAGUUACGUUGAUUGGAUGAAAUUCGCGAUUGGAGGAUUGUAUAAUGCUAUGGGGCAAACUGUGACGCAUCCUUUGGAUGUGACUAAAGUACGAAUGCAAAUCUCGAAAGCCUCUUUGGUCGAUGUAGUGAAAGCUAGCUUACAAGAAGUUGGAGUAAGUGGAUUUUACAUUGGUUGGACUGCAGGACUUCUAAGACAGUUGACAUACACUACGACCAGGCUUGGAAUAUAUACCACUCUGUACAACUGGGCCCAAUCACAGUUCGAUCAUUUAAAUUACCCUGCAAUGAUCGGUAUCGGAAUGAUAUCCGGUGUCAUGGGUUCAUUCAUCGGAACACCGACCGAUUUGGUUCUAGUUCGUAUGAUAGCUGAUAUAAAAUUACCUCCAGAACAGCGAUGGAAUUACAGAAAUGCCAUAACCGGGCUAAUUGAUAUUUCGAAGGCAGAGGGUAUCGCUGGAUUGUGGAGAGGAGCUGUGCCAACGAUGACCAGAGCAGCAAUAGUGAAUGGAAUGCAAUUAGGCACAUACAGCAGAGCGAAAUUGAUGUUCAAAGAUACUGGUUUUUUCGAAGAAGGAAUAUUAUUGUCAUUUCUGGCAGCGAUGGCUUCCGGAUUCGUGAUGUCAGUGACUUCACUUCCAGUGGACGUAGCUAAAACUAGAAUACAAAAUUGGACUUCACCAACGAAACCACCAGGAGUGAUUGGUAUGAUUAGUAACAUAGCGCAAACAGAGGGACUACCAGCACUGUGGCGUGGAUUUUUACCGUACUUCAGUAGAGCAGCACCUAAUGCCGUAGUCACUAUGAUAUGUCUCGAUCAGUUGACACAAUUGUACAUCAAAGUGUUCAUGUCGGCUGAAUGA